AUUUCAUCAUCCAAUCCAUUACUUAAGUAAAAGAGAAAUCAAAAGUUAAAGAUAUGGAGGGACUCUUGAAGUUGUCAACUUUGGUGAUUGUGUGCAUGUUAGUAGCCGCUCCAAUGGCAUCCGAGGCAGCGAUCUCAUGCGGCGCAGUCACUGGUAGCUUGGGUCAAUGCUAUAACUACUUGACCCGAGGCGGUUUCAUUCCUAGAGGGUGUUGCUCUGGCGUUCGGAGGCUCAAUAGCAUGGCUCGUACCACCCGUGACCGACAACAAGCUUGUCGUUGUAUCCAGGGAGCAGCUAGAGCCUUGGGUUCUCGACUUAACGCUGGUCGUGCUGCUCGUCUCCCUGGUGCUUGCCGUGUUAGGAUCUCUUACCCCAUCAGUGCCAGAACCAACUGUAACACCGUGAGGUGAUCAAGAAGAGGUGGUAGACGUUGAAGGGUUUUCAUAUAAUCGAUGAGAGAGUAUUUAAAAAUAAUUAAGAUGUCACUAU